CUUGUACCUAAUCGGGAAAGGCUCGAGAUUGCCUAUUCUUGGCGCAUCCCUGUGGCUGAAGACCGUCGAUUCGUCCUCCGUCACCCAACUCUGUCAUACAGUCCUUCAAACGUUGGCAGCUUUGUAACAGUCAUUCGAGCACCUGUCCAUGUACAUGCAUGUCGUGAGCUUCAUCUUCCAGGGAGCAUCGCCGAGACUGGGAGCUGGCACCGAUGCUCUGCUCCAUCUGGCAGCCUGCGAACAUCCUCAGGUCGCCCAUCAUUGCAAGAGUAGCGACACUCAGCAUGCGCCCCGGGACAUGCUGACCGGCUUCGGCAACGCUGAAAGAUAGUCAUCAAGCAUAGUUGCAAAGUGUACUGCUUGGAUUCUGGUACGGACAAAAUCAAUUCGAUAUACCACCGGGCUCCGUUUCCUGGCGUACGUAGAAUCCUAGACACGUCCUCGGAUGGAUUCAAGAAUAGUCCGAUACUUGUCACGCAGCUCUACGGCGUUAAAGAGAGCCUCGCAUAUUUCAAUCAGAUCAUACAAGCCAUUAUCCCCACAAUCCACCGUGCAUGCAUAGUUCUUGCUGCUGAUCUCAUUGGGAAAUAGACCUCUGCACAGUAGACCUCUAAACGCCGGGGAGUUUGUCGUCGUCAUGGCGGGUAGCGCCGAGCUCUGCAAGGCCGUGCGAGCGACCCAGGUCGAUGCAGGUACGCGCGACAUGUAAUCUGCGAAUGCGGUGAUUUGAUUCGAUUGCCAAUAUAUUCGUGCGUUGCUGACGGAGAGCAUGUUGCGCCAUGAGCAAUCGCCAAGGCGCUUGUCCUUCUUCAGCACUCUCACGUGC